AUGGCUCCAUCGUCAGAAGAACAGAGGCACAAGGAGCAGCCAUCCGAGAACAUGACUAGCACCGAGAAGCAAUUCGAGGACAGAGAAGGACCGAGCAACCUCCCAACGGGGACACGGCUAUUGGCCAUUAUUGUUUCUAUCCUCCUUGCCAUGUUUCUCGUUGCGUUGGAUCGAACCAUCAUUGCUACUGCAGUUCCCAAAAUCUCAACCCAGUUCAACGCCCUGGAUGACAUUAGCUGGUACGCCAGUGCAUAUCUUCUGACGAGUUGUGCCACCCAAUUAUCAUGGGGCAAGAUAUACACCUUCUAUCGGACCAAAACCGUCUUUCUGAUCGCAAUCUUGAUAUUCGAAGCUGGAUCGGCACUUUGCGGCGCCGCUCCGAACUCGAACGCCUUCAUCGUAGGACGGGCUAUAGCUGGUGCUGGAUCAGCGGGUAUUUUCUCUGGUGCGACGGUGAUCAUCACCCAGAUUGUGCCACUGGCGAAACGGCCCAUUUACAUCGGGAUGAUGGGAUCAAUCUUCGGAAUUUCCUCUAUCAUUGGACCUCUGAUGGGCGGUGCUUUCACAGACAAUGUGACAUGGCGCUGGUGCUUCUAUAUCAACCUGCCCAUUGGGGGCUUUACCAUGGUCGUUCUAUUUCUCUUCUUGACUGUCCCCCACACAGCGAAACCAUGCACUUGGAAGCAGCAUUUCCUUCGCCUCGACCCCUUGGGUAGCGUUUUGUUUCUUCCCUCUGUCAUCUGCUUCCUACUCGCCCUGCAAUGGGGUGGCAACGAAUACCCUUGGAACAACGGACGUAUGAUUGCAUUGUUCGUGGUCUCUGGAAUCCUGAUGAUCGCUUUUGUCGCUGUACAGAUCUGGCUCAAGAAAGAUGCAACCGUGCCACCUCACGUCUUCGCCCAGCGCAGCAUUAUCAGCGGAGUCAUCUUCUCCAUGCUUGUGGGCGGAGGGCUCAUCUCCAUGCUAUACACUCUCCCACUCUGGUUCCAGGGUGUGCGUGGCACAACAGCUGUGAAAUCCGGCAUCGACACUAUCCCCAUGGUCAUCGCUCUGGUUGUCGGGUCCAUCCUUGCAGGCGGAAUCAUUACCGCAACGGGAUACUAUACCCCAUGGAUGUUCGUCGCGGCAAUUCUCAUGUCCACGGGUGCAGGGCUGAUGACGACCUUCAAACGAGACACAUAUCAUGCCGCCUGGAUCGGUUACCAGGUGUUGUUUGGUAUUGGAAUCGGAACGGGGAUGCAGCAGCCCUCAAUGGCGGCGCAGACUGUUCUUCGCAAAGAUGAGGUUCCUAUCGGCGUCUCGCUCAUGUUCUUCGCUCAAUCCUUUGGCGGGGCGGUGUUCAUAUCUGUCGCCCAGUCGCUCUUCCAGAAUUACCUGCGUGCCAAUCUACCACAUGUCCAGGGAAUUGAUGUGGGCAAGGUUCUGGCAGCCGGGGCGACGGGCCUGUCUACGGCCGUACCGACCAUAAAGCUCCCUGAGGUUCUUGUUCUGUACAACGAUGGCCUUCGGCGGUCCUUCAUUGUCACUGUGGCGGUAUCGUGUCUGAUGGUACUCCCGGCACUUACGAUGGAAUGGAGAACAGUCAAGAGGAAUAAGUCUUCCGAGUCUGCAUGA